GAUUGAUUGUUCAAACUCCUACACUACAACAUAUUUUUUCUUUCAAUUUUACUAUUCACUGAUGAUUAGGAUUAAAAUAAAAUAUAUUCUUUUGAAUUCUGUGUUAACUUACAAUACUUUAUAGUCGAAUCAAGAUUCAAUAGCUAUGGACUACGAUUACUUGAUUAAGCUGUUGUGUGUUGGAGAUUCAGGGGUUGGUAAAACAAGUUUCUUAUAUAAAUAUACUGAUGGAGUCUUUCACACUCAGUUCAUUUCAACUGUGGGGAUUGACUUUAGAGAAAAAACAGUGAUUUACCAACAGAAUGGAAGACAGCACCGAAUACAUCUUCAACUUUGGGAUACAGCAGGUCAAGAACGAUUCAGAAGUUUAACCACAGCAUUUUAUCGUGAUGCAAUGGGCUUCCUACUUUUGUUUGAUUUAACAAAUGAAGCUUCAUUUCUGGAAGUUCGGAAUUGGAUUGAACAACUGAAGACUCACAGUUUAAGUGAGGACCCUGAUAUAGUACUGUGUGGUCACAAAUGUGAUCUGCAAGAAAAGAGGUUGGUCAAUCAGAACCGUGCCAGAGACUUUGCUAAGAAUUAUAAUUUGCCAUAUUUGGAGACAAGUGCGAAGACUGGUCAGAACAUUGAUCGAGCUAUAGAAUUACUUCUUGAUAAAGUGAUGUACAGAAUGGAGACGUCUGUUGAAUAUGCAAUGCUUUGUGCAUCAGGUCGACGUCGGCAGUCCUUGCAGAAAUUACAAGCAAAACAAGACCAUAAAUUGUGCUCUUGCUAAAAGGAAAUGUUACUUAUUGUUGUCUGUGAUUCUUGAUCGUACAUACUGACUAGCUUUACUCUUCUACAUGAUUUAUAUAUGAAAAAUUGGUAGUUUUUAUUAGAUAUACACAUACCAAAACAAAAAUAUUUAACAAAAAUUGUUAUUUCUCUAAUAAAAUGUUAAAACUAAAAUUUAAUCAAACCAGGCGUUGUCGUCGUAUUUGUAAGACUGAUUUAUUUACACUGUCUUAAUAUUCCACAUAUUCAAUUAAUAAAAUUGAAUAUGCACUUUUUUCUAAGAAUCUUUAAAUUAUUUAUAACAAAAUAAAUUUGCUAAUACAUAAAUUGUUCCUGUACACGCCAUUUAUGACCAUUACCUGCAAUCUCGGUCUUUUUUGGCAGUGAGCAAAGAAAGUAGUGUCUCCUGUCACAAACUUUAUUUAAACUUUAUGAAGAAUAUUGCGCCAAUGUUUUUUGAAAUAAAAUUAUUUUCUCCACAAGUAGUUUAAAAUAAAGUUUUAUAUUUAUUAUGUGCUUACAAAUUAAGUCUGUCUGUUGUUUUACAAGCACAUUUUUUAUAUUUAACUUAAUCAUGUUCACUUUGUUAAAAAGCGUGCAGGGUUAUUUAUUAUCUAGUCAAAUUAUGAUUAUAACUUUUAUCUCAUUUAUCUAAACGUUUAUUUUAAUAUCAAGGUAUUUUUUUAAGUAUGAGUUUUUUUAUUAAUAUAUUUGUUUAUAUAAGUAACUUAUAUUUAAACAAAAAUUAAAUAUUUUUAAUAUUUUUUUAAUAUUAACUUCGUAAAGAAAAGUAUUAAAUAUGAAUAAUUAAGGGUUUGCUAUUGUUGAAAUAAGUAUUAUAUACAUAAUAUAAAGAUGUAUUGCAUAUUUGUUUCUUUUGCAUGCAUGCAUAAAAAUGUUUUAAGUAUUCGAUAAUUAAAUUUGUGUAUAUAAACCAUAGAGUAAAUACAAAAACGGAGGUGUUAUAAUAUUGAUUUCUUAUGAAAUUCUCCGCCUUUAAAUAAUAGCCAUCUUAUCAGUAGCAUAAGUGUAUGUGUCUGUAGGUGAUUUUGCACAGUGAACGUUAAAAUGACAAUUGAAAUGUUAUUGUUAUUACUAAUGAAUAUGUUAAUACAUCAAAUAAUUACAGUUAUUGAAGUAAAGAAAAUGUGUAAAGACGUAAAAAGAUAUCAAUAUUUUGCUUGACCAGUUUUGAAUAAAUUUUGAUGAAAUGUGCAAUCAAACAAAAUCAUUUAUUGAUUUACCAUAAUGUAUUUAAAUAAAUGGUGAUAAUACAUAAAUAUAUGAAUUCAGAUUACAUAAAACUGUAGGAAAUCCUAGAUUUUGACAAAUAAUUUAAGGAAAAAAUAUUCAAAAUAAAUACUUGUUUUUCAAAAUGCAAACGAUGAAAACCUACGGCAGUAUAUUUUAGUUGAUAGAAGACUGAAUAAGGGCCGACACUUAGAAAUUAUUCUAAGGGCCGACAAUGAUGCUGCUAGAGUCACGGUUCUUAUUUGCUUGUGCCACCUCUCAUUUUUGUAUUUACUUUGCGGAUUACACACAUGCUUUUAAAGUGUUUGGCCUAUUCGUUUGAAUAUAUAAUUAAUAUUUAAAGUUACCCGUAUUGAUCGUUAAUAUGUAGGGUAAUUGGAAAAUAGGUGCAAAGCUUUAAGGGGUAGCUUGCAUAAUCUAUUUAGAACCAUUUAAGCCAAGUUUUUCAUUUCAUUAGACAAAGUAUGAUAUUUUCAUAAUGUUUUAUUUUAUUUGUCUUGCACGUAGUAUGUUUUUUUUAUAAGAUUUUUGGUAUAAACCCGAAAUGUAACAAUUACUUGCAAAAAUGGCCAUUUUGAAUGAUAAAUUAAUUCUUAAUUUUUUUUUUAACAAUGUGUAUGUAAUUUAAGAAAACAUGUUAAAAACGUCGAAAUCAUUAAGUUAAUAUUCUUCUGAAGUUUAAAGUAAAUAAAGUGAAAAUUUGUUUCGACGAGUAUAAAAAAAAACGGAAUGUAUUCUGUUUUUUAAACUUUCUAAAAACAUGCUUGGUUAUUAUGCUUUCUUUAAGGUAUCAUUAAUGCGAAUAUAUCACAAAUUAUUGAAACUAGAGGGCUUGUAUUACAAUUAAUGAUAAGUAAUUACUUUUAUUCGCUCGCUUUUAUUGUACUAUUUUGGAUUUUUUACCAAAAGUCAUAUAAAAAACCGGUCAAGUGCGAAUCGGAUUCGCGCACCGAGGGUUCCGUACAAACCUUUUGGUCUAUUUUAAUAAUUAUUAAAAAUAUUUUUUUAUUAUAUGAUGUAACUAAAAAUUUACAGUUUUCGCAAUUUUUCUUUAUCUGUACUAUAAGACGUUACUUCGUACCAAAUUUCAAGAUUCUAUGUUCAGGGGGAGUACCCUGUAGGUUUUGAUUUCUUUGCGAGUUUUGAAAAUUUGCGUCAUAAACGGCUGUAUCUUUUGAUUGCUUUGGCUUUAGAAGUUUGAUUUUUUACAGCUCCAAGGGAGAGUAGACCUGAGUAUUAGACAUGAAUUUAAGUUUGAUACCUCCACGCGUUCCUGAGAAAAACGAUCUUGACAGACGGACGGACGGACAACAAAGUGAUCCUAUAAGGGUUCCGUUUUUUCCUUUUGAGAUACGGAACCCUAAAAACAUGCUUCGUCGAAGACAAAUAUGGCUCAAAUGGUUCUAAAUGGUUUAUAUCAGCUUCCCUUUAAAGCUUUGCACCCAUCUUCAAAUCAUCCUGUAUUAUUUACUUAAAAUUUUAAAGUUAAGUAAUUAGGGUAAGGAUUAUUGAUUUUGUUCAAAGCAUUAGGCAUUGAUGGUGAAUGCUUCAUGCAUACUCCACAGGCGGCUGUGAACUUAAGUACCUACUAACAGAGGCUACUCCUGGCCCGGCAGGAGUUCAGAUGUACAUACAAAAGUUAUUAAUUUGCCAAAGUUUCAAAAAUAAUUUAUAUUGAAAUUAACAACCUGAUGUGUCUUAAAAAUAUGGAAACAUCAUAUUUGCCGUUUGCUUGUACACCAAACUAAGUAACAAGACCUAAUUGCUAUUAUAUGCAUUUUCUAUGACUAGAUGCAGAUUUGUUAUUUUAAAAUAAUCAGAUGGAUCGAUAUUUUGAUUUUCUGUAUAUUUGUUUAAGAUAGAUACCAGUAUUCAUAAUUUAAGGUUAAAUAUUUGAAACCUUUUAAAAUUGGACCUGAGAUGCUAUUAUAAUUUAUCUUAUUAAUUAAGUGAUAAGAAAACAAGGUGUAUAUCAUAUGAUGAGAUUAGUUGUUUUUGAAGUUUUGCAAGGUGAAAAUGAGAUUUUUUACAGGAAUUUUCGGUAUUUAGUAUUCGUAGAUUCCGUAUUUUAUUCUAUUUAAUAACUCGCGUACAAAUAUGCCCCAUAUCAAUAUGUGCCAUGUCUUCAGAUAAUUAACAAGUUUUAUUCACUUAGUCUUAAGGUAUACCUACGUACUAGACUUUUGAUAAUUGCAUAUACAUACAUUAAAUGGCUUAAAUAUUUACCUAUGGAAGUUAUAAAUUACAAUAAAAAUUAAAUAUUCCUUGACCAAAUUAUCGUAUACUUAAUUAUUACAUAAUACCUAAUAUUUACUAUAAGUCAAUUUGCGAACAAUUAUUUAUAUUUAAAUUAAAUGUUUUGUGUGCAUUAAAGUCAAAUUAUUAUAA